AAAAAUAUUUAUUUUUGUUGUUAAUUAUUUUUUGCCCUAAUCGACUGCGAUUGAGAAGUUCCUCUCUUUAUCGUUAAGCCCCCUCCUUUUGCCUUUAUCUGAUAAACUCCAUAAAUCAAGCAUGUCCUUCCUCUUGAAUCCCCACUCAACUCGGAUCACGACUCGCUUGACUCGUUUAUCGUUUUUCUUUCCGUAGGAAUAUCACGUCCCGACGUCUUAACUCGGUAACUCGAAUUAAAAGAUGGAGCCGAUGGAUAUCGUAGGGAAGUCGAAGGAGGACGCUUCGCUUCCCAAAGCUACUAUGACAAAAAUUAUAAAGGAGAUGUUACCGCCAGAUGUACGUGUUGCAAGAGAUACUCAAGUAGAGUUUAUUAAUCUCAUUUCAUCGGAGUCCAAUGAAGUUUGUAACAGAGAUGAGAAAAGAACCCAUAGACCCGAGCAUAUACUGAAAGCCUUAGAGGUUCUUGGGUUUGGGGAGUAUAUUGAGGAGGUAUAUGCUGCAUAUGAGCAACACAAGAUUGAGACCAUGCACGACUCCUUGAAAGGAGGCAAAUGGAGCAAUGGAACAGAGAUGACUGAAGAAGAGGCUGCAGCUGAGCAGCAGAGGAUGUUUGCUGAAGCACGAGCGAGAAUGAAUGGUUGGGCUGUGGUUCCCAAGCAACCCGAAUCUGACCCAACUUUAGAGAGCUAACCGUUGUAGGAUUUUAUUUUGUUUCACCAUAGGCCAUUAGUGCUUCUGAAGUUCUAAUCUCCGUAUAUUAUGUACAAAAAGAAUGCCACCGGUUUUAGUGUAUUGGCCCAUGUGAAUGAUAUCUUUAACUUGAUGCAAUUAGCAACACUACUCAACCAUU